UCAUUCCUAUUCAUGUGACCUUAUCUCGAUUGGAUAUAUAUAAAAGAUGUACAGCACAACAGAAUUGUUCGUAUUCACAGUAUAAUAUCGUAAUCAGCAACAUGAGCAUCUCAAAUUUCGUGUCUGUAGAGCUAGAGAAAAUCGCCAAGAAUGAAGGAUUCAUUGAAUAUGUUAUAGAACAAGAACCCGGUUCGAAACACGGUGAUGGAUUCAUAGCAAAAAUGCUGGCUGUAACGUUGGUGGGGAAACGAAAAAUUGGCGGCAAAAUAGUCGAUUCGAAAUUGCAUUUGAUGUGUAAAUUGUUGCCGGAAAAUCAGGACCGCCGUGAUUUGUUCGAUUCAUCAAGUAUUUUCGAGCAUGAAAUUUACGUUUACAAUAAAAUAUUGAGUGUUUUUGAUGAGUUUCAAAGUGAAAAGAAUAUUCCCAUGGGAGAUCGUUUCACCGAGUAUCCAAAGUGUUUUGCAACUGCCAGUGAUAUGGACAAGGGCGAGCAUGUCAUAAUUAUGGAAAAUCUAAAAUCGAUCGAAUACAGUUUGUGGGACAAAAGGAUACCAGUUGACUAUGCAACCGUUUGUCUUUACAUGGAAGCGUUGGGAAAACUGCAUGCCAUAUCGUUUGCUCUUCGUGACCAGAAACCAGAUGUGUUCAACGAAAUUAGUCGUUUUGAUGACGUACUCGUCAAAUUGUUUACCAGAGAUGAUAAGAUGAAAGGCUUGUUGGAUGGUGGAUUGGAUAAAGGACUGUCCCACCUGGAUCAACCGGAUGAAAAGAAGAUAAUGGCUGACCUGAAAAUUAACUGUGUAGAAGAGACCAUUCGAUUAUUAAGCAAAGAUUUGGCUGGUAAAUUCUAUGUAAUCGGUCAUGGUGAUAGCUGGAACAACAAUUUAUUUUAUUCGAAUGAAGGCCAGUCAACGCCACAACGAAUCGCUCUACUAGAUUGGCAAGUUUCCAGAUGUGCGUCGCCGGGUUUGGACAUUUCCUACUAUCUAAUGUCAUCAACAAAUAAGCAAGUUCGUGAGCGCUACUACGAUCUGCUGCAAGUUUAUCACAAUUCGCUCAGUAAUCUAAUGCUAAAGCUAGGCAGCGAUCCGGACAAGUGGUUCACUUUCGACGAUUUGAUUGGUCAAAUGAAAACUGUGGGCAAAUUUGGAGUCAUUAUGGCUCCAACUUUGUUGGAAGUUUUGGUGUCGGAUCCGAAAAACAUUGUCGACUUGGACGACAUAACGAAAGAUUCUAAAACGGUAACCGAAUUCGCAACGCUAGACGCAUCUGAAUCGAAAUUAUAUAAAGAACGGCUGAGGGAUGUGAUCAAAGAUGCCGUUCGAUUUGGAUGGGUUUGAAUUGGUUUUGAUUAAAUGAGUCGUAAGAAGAGAAUUAAAUGUGAAAAAA